GAGGGCGUGCAUCACGUGACACGCCUUUGAGCCAAGAUGGCGAGCGCAGAGGCAGAGGCAGGGACUGCUGGAGUAGAUGGCGACGAUGCUUUCCAGACCUAUUAUAACGAGGUGAAACAGAUUGAGAAGAGAGACUCUGUUUUAACCCCGAAACAGCAGAUCGAGAGGUUAAUUAGGCCUGGCUCUUCAUAUUUUAAUCUAAAUCCUUUUGAAGUGCUGCAGCUUGAUCCUGAAGUUACAGAAGAUGAAAUAAAGAAAAGAUUUCGACAGCUGUCAAUCCUGGUCCAUCCAGAUAAAAACCAAGAUGAUCCAGACAGGGCACAGAAAGCUUUCGAAGCUGUUGAUAAAGCCUACAAGCUGCUUCUGGACCCUGAGCAGAAGAAGCGCGCCAUUGACGUGAUCCAUGCAGGGAAGGAAUAUGUGGAGCACACAAUGAAGGAAAAGAAGAAACAGCUGAAGAAAGAUGGCAAAUCAACAGUGGUGGAAGAAGAUGACCCUGAAAUGUUCAGGCAGGCAGUGUACAAACAGACUAUGAAGCUGUUUGCCGAGCUGGAGAUUAAGAGGAAGGAGAGGGAAGCCAAGGACAUGCAUGAAAGGAAACGACAAAGAGAAGAGGAGAUUGAAGCACAUGAAAAAGCCAAGCGAGACCGAGAAUGGCAGAAAAACUUUGAGGAAACUCGAGACGGACGUGUUGACAGCUGGCGGACGUUUCAGGCAAAAGGCAAGAAGAAAGAGAAGAACCGGUCGUUCCUGAAGCCGCCCAAAGUGAAGAUGGAGCAGCGAUAGGAACCCUGUUGGGCAGAGAAGGCCUUGGCCAUGAAACCAUCCAAAUGCAACCCACUGUCUGCAGACGAACACAAAAUAAGAGGGUGCUGUCUCAAGAAUGCAUAGCAUUUUAUUGAAUAAAUAGUCUGACCCAAAUAAGAUCUUAACACUGGACAAGAUUGGACUUAAUUCCCAACUGGGCUUUAUUAUUCUGUGAGCCCACACUGGGUUAGAUGACUUGUUGUUUUGGUUUAUUCUGGCAUUAUUGGCUUACCAGGAGUCAGAUAUAAAUAGUUAAAGCGAUCAUAAAUAGAGUAUUGAACAUUUUUACAGUCCUUUCUUAAAAUAAAAUACAAUCUUUUUUUUUCUUUUUGUUUUAAAUAACUAAAAAUGGAUUAGAACCCUUUACUGUGAUUACCCUUAUAUGAUUGUUCAACAUGUAUAGGAUGAAGAUUUAGUCAUUUAUUCUGGGUUUUUUUGUGUGUGUGUUUUUCUAUUUUUUUUUUUUUUUAGAUGAGUGAGAGAGAUUAACAUUUUAAUAUUAUACAUUUACUAGCAGGACCUGACCACAGCUACUGCAGUAAACCAGUUGCAAGAUUAGGAUCAUUAAAACAAACACAGUUGUAUCUGCCUAUGAGGAACUGAACAUCUGCUGGGCAUGUUGCAAUGUGUGUAAAGUGUGUUCAAUUGUUAGUACUGUUAUUUACAAAAAAGAAUUGUGACAACACUUACAGCUGGAGAGUUUGUUUUACACAUGCAGCAGUGGUUGCAUUUUGAGAGGGGUUUUUUUCUUUGUUUUCUUAUGAAGAUAUUUAGUAGAACAGUAGUGAUUUUGAUUUGUUAUUUUUCUGUUCUGUGAUUUUGUAUCAGGGCUAGGUGUCUUAGCUUAAAAGGGAGUUAAAGCUGUCCAGGGAUCGGCUGAUCACUAUAGCUUCCGGGUGCUAAAUGUGAUCUUGCUGACUACAGUAGCUCCCCACUUCAAUCAAAUGUCAGAUGGAACCUGUUUCUGUUUGCCACAAGUCUUGUUAAGCCAUCUCUGUUACUAUCUUCACUAUCGUAUGCACAAGCCUUGCUCAUGAAAGGUAAUUCUGCAAGGUGGUACUGUGCACUGUGUUGCAUGCUUUUUCUUAUUUGAUCUCUGUAUGUGCGAUCGGUCUGCAUUAAAACCUUUCUAUCCAUUCUUGAA